AUGAAGAAAGCAUUUGAUGAAUCCGAAAAAGCCAUGCUGGCUAAAAAGCAGUUUAACCAUCAAAUCUUGCGCAAUAUUCGGAAGUUUACUGUAAAGGACUUUGAAAAAUACUCAAUGUAUCUUUACUUCUACGAUUUUGUCGCCUUGAUUCCCGGGGCCGAUUCCCCUUGCGCCGCCGACAACCUCGAGAAGGUGAAAGUAUUCGCCAGGGCCCAGUCCUCCGUCUACAACCUUUUGCCAGACAUCACCAAAGAUGUCAACGGGACAAUCACCGAGUCUGGCGGCGCCAUUAACGAAAAAGACUGGCCUGCUCCUGCUGUCCAAGUGGUUUAA